AUGAGCUGCGACGGCGACAUUGUCGGCAAGAUCACGACGGGUUACCAAGGCUGGUUCACAUGCGAGGGCGACGGCUCUCCCAUCGGGGGCUGGUGGCAUUGGGCGCCAGACCGACUGAAGAACUGCUGCUGUCACAACAAGGGCUUCAUCUCGUGGCCUGCCAUGUCCUACUAUCCGAAGAAGUACGACACGGGCUUCCAGCCGUAUCCGAACGGCGAAAAGUCACAGCUCUUCUCGUCUUACGACCCGUGCACGAUCGACGUGCACUUUGACAUGAUGGCGUACGCCGGCAUCGACACGGCGGCCUUCCAGCGCUUCAAGCCGUAUCCCGACGGCGAGGGACCGGUGCGCAAUGCGAUCACGCCGCACGUCGCGGAUGCCGCGGACCGGCACGGCGUCAAGUGGUACUGCAUGUGGGAUGUCGGCGGGUGGACGGGGAUGAAGGACGAAAUCCCCGCCGACUGGACCAACAUCAUGGGCGCCUACGCCAACAGGCCCAUGUACGCCAGGCAGGACGGCAAGCCCGUCGUCGCGAUCUGGGGCUUCGGGUUCCCGGACGACGGCCACGCCUGGCCGCCCGAGGAGUGUAUCUCGGUCAUCCGCUGGCUGCAGGCCCAGGGCCUGUAUGUGAUCGGGGGCGUGCCGACGAACUGGCGUGAGGGCGUCUCGGACUCGCGUCCGGGGUACGACGAGGUGUACUAUGCGUUCGACAUGAUUUCGCCCUGGAUGGUGGGCCGGACGGGGGAGACGAGGGGGUUGGACCAGUUCUUCGUCUCGCACAACGCGCCGGAUGCGCAGGCCCUAGGCGCAAGAGGGGUGGACUACCAGCCGUGCGUGAUGCCAGGCGACCUCUCGCAGGGCGCACGAAGGCAUGGCGACUUCUACUGGCGGCACAUCUACAACACGUGUCGCGUACGCGACCUCAACGCGACGCGGGUGGGCAUCUACGUCUCCAUGUUUGACGAGUACAACGAGGGCAACCAGAUUGCGCCCACUGCGGAGAGCCGCGCGCAGCAGCCGGCCGAUUUCGACUACAGGGCCCUCGACGAGGACGGCGUGCAGUGUACCGCUGACUACUACCUCCGCCUGACGCGCGACGGAGGGGACAUGUUCAAGCGCCGCGCGCCGCUUCGGGCCCUCCGCUGGACUGAGCCCUGGCCCGGCAAGGGCCCCAUGAACCUCAACCGGCCCGUUGCGCUGCGCGCCUUGGUCAAUGGCAAGCUCGUGUGCGCCGAGAGCGGCGGCGACCGGCCACUCGUCUCCAACCGCGACACUAUCGGCGGAUGGGAGAGCUUCUUCAUGGAGUACCCUGAUGCGGAACAGAAGACGGUUCGCUUCAAGGCGUGUAAUGGCAAGUACGUGUGUGCCGAUAUGGGCGUGCCGAAUCAGCCGAAUGGGAUCUUGAUUCCCAAUCGCGACCGCGCAGGAACAUAUGAGACCUUUGAGGUGUACCAGAUGAAGGACGGGAUCGCGCUCAAGGCACACAACGGCAAGUUUGUCCAGGCCACCGAGGGCGGGAAUGGCAAGCUCGUCGCGUGCGCGGACCAGCCGGGUUGGUGGGAGACGUUUGACAUUGUCGAGAACUAG